GUGACAGUGGGACUGCUCUCCCAUGUACUGAGUAGAGUCGCUAAUACUUCUGCACAAGUGCUCAGAAAUAUCCUGGUGCUGUUGUACGGUCAUUGUCGAGAAGUUUUCUUUUUCCAAUGAGGAAAGCUGUGCUGUUCAGUUUGUGGGGUGGUGUUAUAACUCCUCACCCACUCCAGCCUUUUCAAAAAACCGAGACAUGUUCAAACAUUCCGAGGAGUGACAAAGGAGGCAGUGAGAAUGCUCUGGUUCGUGCUGAACGGGGGAUAAUCACCCUUUCUCAGAUGUUUGCAGAGCUGGAAACUGAGUGUGAAAAAGAGGCAGGCAGUCAGUCCUCAGCCCAGAAACUCUAUGAUGACAUAAGGAAGGUGGAAAUUAACAGGAGUGUGCUUGAUACUGCUGCCACACUCCAGAGAAAUGGCAUAAAAACUGGUGUCGUGGCCAACAUCUGGGUUGAUGACUCUCCUCAGAGGGACAGUGUUGCUAAGAUUCUCUCAGUGCUGGAAAGCUGUUUCGAUGUGGUAGUACGCUCUUGCCACACUGGAUCAAGGCUUCCUGAACCUGAGAUAUUCCACACUGCCUUGGAAGUAUUGAAUGUUAAACCCCACCAGGCUAUCUGGUUGGACGUUAAUGAGGAGAGUGUUCAGGCAGCUGAAAGCUUGGGCAUGACAGCUGUUAAAAUUACUGACAUCAGUGAAGCACUGAUGGAAAUAGAGAAAUUUACAGGGAUAAAGGUUACCAAUGAGCAACAGCCUCUCUGCUGUAAUCCUGAAGAGAUCAGCCAUGGAUAUGUCACUGUUAAGCCAGGGGUGAAGAUUCAUUUUGUGGAGAUGGGGGAUGGGCCUCCAGUCCUGCUCUGCCAUGGAUUCCCAGAAAGCUGGUUUUCCUGGAGAUACCAAAUUCCUGCCUUGGCUAAUGCUGGAUUCAGGGCUAUUGCUAUAGACAUAAAAGGUUUUGGUGACUCGACUGCUCCAGCAGAUAUUGAGGAGUAUUCUCAAGAAAAUAUUUUACAGGAGCUGGUGACCUUUCUGGAUAAGUUGGGCCUUACUCAGGUUACUCUGGUGGGUCAUGACUGGGGUGGUGUGUUUGCAUGGAACAUGGCUCUGUAUUACCCAGAGAGACUGAGGGCUGUGGCUUCUCUCAACACUCCUCUUUUCCCUGUGGAUCCAAACAAAAACCCAAUGCAGACACUUCAGUCUAUACCAGUCUUUGAAUAUCAAAUCUACUUCCAGGAGCCUGGUGUAGCAGAGGCUGAGCUGGAGAAGAACCUGGAGAGAACUUUCAAACUGCUGUUCACUGCUAGUUAUGAGAAAGAUACACUUCCUCAAGUGGAGUUGACUGGGGUCAUUAAAAGAGGUGGUCUGUUUGUUGGAAUGCCAGAAGAAGUUCCCAGAAGUGCUAUUCUGAGUGAGGCCGAGCUGCAGUACUACAUCCAGCAGUACAGGAAGGGUGGCUUCAGGGGGCCUCUGAAUUUGUAUCGAAACGUAGAGAGGAACUGGCGCUGGAUGUGUUCGAGGCCAAGGGGCAAGAUCCUGAUGCCAGCUUUGAUGGUGACUGCAGGGAAGGACAAGGUGCUUCUGCCCAUGUUUUCCACUGGCAUGGAGAAAACAAUUCCCAAAUUAUCAAGGGCUAAUAUUGAGAACUGUGGACACUGGACCCAGAUGGAGAGACCAGCUGAGACCAACAAAAUUCUGAUCUCUUGGCUGAAAGAGAUACACCAGGAAAACUCCAUUCCUUUCUUUUCAAAGCUAUAAGAUUAUUAUAAAAUCAUUGGUCAAGACUGCAAGCUUAGAGGCUGGACACCUACAACUGGGAAUUUUUUAAAAUGUUUUUUAACUAUACUUUGCCUUGCAUAUUUGUUAUCACAUUAUAUUUCUAAAAUUUGCAUUAGUGCUCUACAAAACAUUCUUUAUUAAAAGCUUUAUACAUAACAAAACAAUAAACAACUGUAUUUGUAAUAAA